GGGAGGAGGAUGGCCAACAACAGAGAGGAGGAAGACCAGAGCAGUCUCCUUCCCCGUCAUCGCCACCCCCGCAACCCCCUGUCCUUUUCCCCCCUCCGUCCAUCACGCCGACGCCAGAGGAGGACGCAGGCGCAGCUGUACCUUCCUGGUCAUCAGUUCUGAACACCCUGGGACCAGAUCACCCUCUGCUCAAGCGCUUUCAGGAGGCCAAGAGACGGCAGCUCCUGCAGGAGAAAGAUCAAUUACAAUUACGUCUUCGCCAGCUGCAACAACAGACUGAAGAUUUCCGCCAAGAAAACGUCACUCUCGGCGCCCAGCUGUUCGACGUGCAGCAGUCAGUCACACGUGCACAGGUGAACCUCGACAAGAUAAAGAGCGAGAGGAAACGCAUUAGACAGGCGAGACAGACGGCCCAGGAAACUCUCCAACAAGCCAAGGAGGAGGAAAAGUCGGUGGUCGACGCACUCAACCAGGCGAAGAAACAUGAAAUAACCCUACACCAAGAGGUCAGUCGCUUGGGGUCACGAGUAGCGGUCCUGCAGGCAGCGAGAGCACAGAGCGAUGGCGACGUGACCACCCUCACCCGCGCCCUCCACAACACUGCCUGGGAUCGCGCCAACCUCGAGAAGGACAAGAUGUCGCAGGACCUGUUUGUGGAACGCCUAACUGCUGCACUGGAAAGGGAGAAGGUAACGCUGAAGACUUUGCGAGAAGCCAUUCAGGAGGAGAAGGAAGUCACGAAGGCGCUCGACGCAAGAGCCAGACUGCAGCAAGAAGAACUGGAGCAACUCGAGUCCGAGGCUGUAGGUGUGAAGAGAGCUUGGGAAGCCAAUGUCUUAGUGUUGCAAAAGCGCUCUGAAGAUCACUCUGCUUCCUACCAACACCUGGAGAAGCUCCUAGCCCAACAAGCGGGUUUGAAGGCAGAGGUCUACAAUACCAGGAAGUUUGUGAGAGAAGAGCAGAUAAGACACGAAAAGGAUUCUGCAAGACUGAUAGCGCAGGAACGUGACGUCACAAGGAGACGCGAACGUCUAGCUGUGCUACGGGAAGAGGCGCAGCAGAUGGCCGAACGACAUGAGGGCCUCCUGGGGAUUGUGGACCAGCUGGACCAACAAUAUCAACUGCUGAAGAAGGAAGCGUCCGAAGAAGCUCGUCGCCUGGAGCGGGUCUACGGGCGCGUGAAGUCGGCGACCGAGCGACACCGCAAGAUGGAGGACCUCGCCCUCGAGAAGAUCGGCGAGCACACGGCAGCUUCGAAGGCGGCGCUGAACCUGAGGAAGCGCGUGAAGGAGGCGAGGACGAAGUGCAGGAUGCUGGAGGAUGACCUUGUCGAGCGGGAGAAAUACGCUGCAGAUGCGGCUCUGAGGGCUUCUGAUGGCCGCGCUGCCGUUCUCGCCCUGACCUCGAGCCGCGACGAAGCCCAGCGUGUCGUGGACCAACUCGAUGCUGACGUCGCGAGAUUUGAGAGCGACAUGAGAAGAGGUCAAGAGAAAAUCAGUGCCAACCAGUGUGCAGUUGAUCGACUCAACAAAGAACUUGCCAAAGUGAUUGAAAUUGCUGGGGGUAGCGAAGCCCCUCCGGCGGAGAGAGAAGAGCGACGCCUACGACUCCUCCUUCAGGACAGGGAGGCCGAGAGGAAAGUGCUUGAGGAGGAAGCCUUGACUGUUCAAAGGCAGUUACUCGAGGCUAGAGAGGCAAGGGAAGCUUUGGUUCAAAAGACCACGCGAUUGCAACAAGAACUGACAGUUCUUCGAGGUCGCCAGACGCGGCUGGAAGGGACGGUGGAGCGAGAGAAGGGCGCGCUCCGAGAAGCCCAGAGAAGGCAGGAGCGUCUCCAUAAGGCCAUUGCCACCCUAGACGCCCGCCUCCAUCAGGAAAAAACAACGAGGGAAGCCGCUUCGAGGGAAUCCGAACAUACCGAGUCCGAUCUGCUCGCGAAGCUGCAGGAACUGGAGCUUGAAGCCUCACGGAGGGAGAGCGAAGAGGAUCAGCUGCGAAGGAAGAAGGAGCUGACGGAGGGGAAGCUCCUCGAGGCGACGCAGGAGCGGGCGGAGUGGGAGAAGAAGGUGGUGGAGAUGAGGGACGCGAGGGACGCCCUCAGGAAGGAGGUCGGGACGGAGGGCGACCUCCACGCCAUGAAGACGGAGAUCAACCGG